AAACCAAGUACAAGUAAAGAAGUAAAGAAGAAGAAGAAGCAAGGUGUUUGAUGAGAAAGUUUUAAGCAUUUUGCUACUGAUAAACUCUGAAACUCUCAUUGAGUUUAGUGUUUGUGGGUAUCUUUUAUUUUCUGUGGUUGGUGUAGAGGGGCUGAGUUAUGGCCGAGUCAAGUGACUCGGUUUCCAUUGACAUUGAUAUGGUACCUUUAGGAGAGAAGGAAUAUGUGGUGAAGACAAGCAAAGGCUCAAUCUCUGUGUUUGUGUGUGGGGAUCAAGAAAAGCCUGCUUUGAUAACAUACCCGGAUGUUGCUCUCAAUUACAUGUCUUGCUUCCGAGGCCUCUUCUUUUGCCCGGAUGCAGCUUCUUUGUUGCUUCAUAACUUCUGCAUUUACCACAUUGAUGCCCCAGGCCAUGAGGUGGGAGCUGAUGUAAUUUCUUCAGAUGCUCCAUUGCUCAGUGUGGACGACCUUGCAGACCAGGUGGCUGAAGUGCUUGAUUUCUUCGGGCUGAAAGAGGUUUUGUGCUUAGGCGUAACAGCUGGUGCUUACAUCCUUACCCUUUUUGCAAUGAAAUAUACACAGCGGGUGGUUGGGCUAAUUCUUGUGUCCCCUAUUUGUAAAGCACCCUCAUGGAGUGAAUGGCUCUACAUAAAGGUAUUAUUGAACUUGCUAUACUUUUAUGGUAUGUGUGGUGUAUUGAAGGAAUGCCUCCUACAGCGUUACUUUAGUAAGGAACUUAGGUGUGGCUUGCAUGAUGCAGAAUCAGACAUAAUACACGUUUUCAAAAGGUUACUGGAUGAAAGACAAAGUUUGAAUGUCAUGCGUUUCCUUCAAGCAAUUAAUGAGAGGCAUGACCUUACAGAGGGCUUGAAGAAGUUGAGGUGUAAGACGCUUAUUUUUGUAGGUGAAAGUAGUGAAUUCCACGCAGAAUCUGUGUAUAUGAGUGCCAAAAUGGGCAAGAAAAAUUGCGCUCUUGUUGAGGUUCAAGCUUGUGGCUCACUGGUGACAGAAGAGCACCCAUAUGCUAUGCUAAUUCCUAUUGAAAUUUUCUUAAUGGAGUUUGGUUACUACAGAAAACGACAUUUUACUUCUUCAUCAAGUAAUGGCUCAAACCCAACCAGCCCUUCAAGCCAUUCAUGCAUAGCACCAGAACUUCUUUCUCCAGAGGGUUUAGGCAUCAAGCUGAAGCCCAUCAAAACCCGCGUAGAUAUUGAAAUUUGAUGCAAGGGAAUGACUCUUUCAAGCAUUAAUUCUUUACUCAGAUCUCCUAUGAAGGAUAAAUGGGGACAGUGGUAUCUCAUCUUCACACCUAUAAAUUAGCCAUGGUAGCUUUGUACUUCAGGGUAGCAUAUUCUUUGAUUCUGUUAGUUGGGUUAGGAUAUUGGUGAUCAGGAUUAGGUGCACGUAUGUAUUUUUCAAAACUUUAUUGUAGAUAAAAUAGGGGGAGAUUUGAUAUAGAUGGAAGGUACAUUUGGGGAAGAGAUUUUUUGUCUGUCAGCUUACAACAUGCUGUACAUGUUACUAGCUUGCAACUCUAGAAGCAGUUUUUGUGUUGAAACUUUCUUUAAUGCCACUGUAUCUAAUUCAUGGUCGUUAAGGAUAUAUUUUGAAUACCAUCCUUCCUUGUUUGGUGGUUAAAAA